AUGUCUACGUUUUCGUACGCACAAGCCGCCAAGGGCGCCUCCGGGACACCGACCCCGUCCAAGACACCAUCAGAAUCCGAGAAGCCUGACUCCAAACCGGAGGAGCAGACCAUCGCUGAGACUACAACGAGUGAAACACCAGCUCCCACCGAAUCUGAGCCCAUCCAAAAACCCGAGGUAGUCGAGGAGAACAAGGAUGAUGAUUUCACCACUGUCACCAGCAAGCAUGCCGCCAAGACAAAGGCCAUCAACUCUCGAACAUCAAGCCCGAGCGUUCGCACAGGCUCGAAGUCGCGCAAGUCAAAGGAGGAUGAUUCAAAUACCUCCAACGGCAACGCAGAUGCUACCGAGAAGCAGGCUCCCAGUGAGGGACAGACCGAGAAGGCCGAAGGUGCCGCAGAGAAGCCCACUGAGAAGUCCGAGGAUUCCGAGAAGACCGCAUCACCACCCAAGGAGCUGAAGGCGGCUCCUCUCCCCUCAGUCAACAUCUGGCAACAGAGACGAGAGGCACAGGAUGCCAAGGUCAAGGCUGCCCCCAAGUCCACUUCCACUAGCAAGCCCGCCUCCAAGGCUGCCUCGACUGCUGAUGAGACCCAGCAAGACUCCAAGGCCGGCUCUAAGAAGAAGGGCGCCGAUGGUGCACAGGAAGGUGCCAAGGAUCGCAAGAAGACCGAUGGAAAAGGACGCGAUGCUGGAUCCGUUCCCCCAGUAGAAGACGCUACUGCAUGGCCCACCCCCCCAAGUCGCGAUUGGCGAAGAGAAGAAGAAUGGACACCCGUUCCUUACGUCCCUACUGCUGUUUUCAACACCCCCCUCCCAUCUGCCGGCGGCCGUGGAGGUAGACGGGCCACUCGUGGUGGCCGGGACGGCGGCCGUGGAGCUCACGGCAAUGGACCCGCUGCCACCGACAAGGCCGCCUCUGGACAGGCUGCCCAAGGCGCAAAGCAGGCAUCUGGAGAUCGGGGACGCCACGAGUCUGGCACUGGACGUGCCGCUUCUCUUCCCGCGCAGUCGAGACGGUCCACUAGCACCGACGCCGGUGCUGCUGAUGCACGCAAGGCUUCCCAGGCACCCGAGCGCGGCCGUGGAGCUCGCAACGGAGAGGAGAGCAAGCAGGUGAAUGGCGGAGAGAAUGUCCCCCGCGCUCAACGUGAGGGCAAGCCCUUUGGUAGAAACCAGGAUGCCCGCGCCGGUGACCGCAACCAGAAGGGUGGAAACCUGGCUGUUGACUCACAGGCUGCAGCCCGCAGCAGCGACCGUCGCUUUGAGGCCGGCUCGAAGUCUGCCGACCCCGCCGGUUUCAACGAAUUCAACCGCGAACGUGGAGAGUUCCGAUCUGAGCGUGGAGGCCGUGGAUCUGAACCGCGGGCGUGGUGGUGCUUACUCCAACUUCGGCCAGAACGCCCAGUUCAAUGCGUCUAUGGCCAACAACUCAUUCGCCCCCAAGUCGUUUGGCUUCAACGACCGUCAGCGGUCGCAGCAGCAUGGCCUACCCAAUGGAUCUCAACAAGGAAACCGUAUGCCCCUCCGAUCGCCCUCUUUGCCCACUCCCGCAAACAUCAAUACAUGGAGCCUUUCUCGCUCAUGAAUAUGCUCUCCAUGCAAUUGGAGUACUACUUCUCAGUUGACAACAUGUGUAAGGACAUGUUCCUUCGGAAGCAGAUGGAUUCUCAAGGAUUUGUGCCCCUGAAUGUCCUUGCCAGCUUCAAGCGAGUCAAGUCCCUCACCGAGGACUUUGAGCUCCUUCGUCACGUGGCCCGUCAGCUCCGCAACGUUGAGUGCCAAACUGGCGAGGAUGGUGUCGACCGCCUCCGCCCCAGAGAGAAAUGGCAGCAAUGGGUCCUCCCCGUGGACCAGCGUGAACCUGCCGCCCAGCACGACGGCGCCGCCCCCGCUAGAAAGACUGACGAGAACACUCCCGUUCACAGCCACUCCGAGAAUGUUAUCAACGGAUCCGCUCCUCAAUUCGUUCCCAACGGCGUUGCCCAUGAUGCGAAGACUUCCCUUUCGUCUACCGCACCGGAAUUCAUGCCCUCGUUGCUACCCGCUGCAGUGAACGAAAUUGCCAAUGUAGGAUACCCCUGGAACCCCCCCGCCUCCCCCGAUGACUCGACAGCGUCGUUCUUUUUCGUCGUCUUCCUCUUUUCCCAUUCGCAGCCCGAACCCCCUCUGCCCUCUGAUUUGGAACCGACGGUAGCCCCGAUGAGUUUUGACACAGAAUGCUUUCAAUACCAAGCCGGCGGUCCUGAUUGGUUGAUCAACAAGUCUUUGGCCGAAGCUCAUCAACCGGCGCCCAAGUCAAAUGGGAAGGGCCGUUUGUCCACAGAAACGUCAAAUUAUGUCCCAAAAACUUCCAAUAUGUCUCGCAAAGAAACUUUCGAUGGCCGAGGCCCACCGAUGGCAAGAAGGUAUAGCUUUGGAAUGACCCAGCCUUACGAACUCUGGUCAUUCAGCUUGACAAAACAUUUCAAUUCGCAUUUGUACAAUGAAUUUAGGCGUUCAGCCCUUGAUGAUCUUUUGACUCGACACGUUGACAAAGGUUUCAACGAGCUCGUGGAAUUUUAUCGGAACUGUCUGCUUCACCAUCGCAACAUUCCGGACAUCGUGAUGUACGACUUGAUCCAUCUUUCACAAGAUCAUACAUCGGACUACCAUACGCUCGUCUCCAAUACGAUCCAUGAAGCCAUUGCCAGUGGAAAGAUGAAAGUGCGCAACCGGGGGAAGAUCAGCAAAUAUUUCAAUACCCAACCCGGCAAGACGGCGGGAGAAAAGUUAUCAUGA